AUGCGCAAACAUGCUAAAGAAGAAAAGAAGUGGGAAGCACAUAACAAUCAAGUUAUUUUAGUAGUGGGUAUGCUCGAUCAAUCAAGCGAACACCACAGUGGUUCACAAUCCGGCCAUGGCCUAAAUGGGCGUAGACACUCUCAAGGGCAAUAUAGAAUGCAACCCCAUUUGUUCAGUAAAAUCAUACAUGAUGUUUGCAAUUAUGACUCAUACUUAGUUCAGAAGUACGAUGUUGUUGGGGUUUCGAGUCUUCUUCUAGAGCAAAAACUUACAACUUCCUUACGGAUGCUUACGUAUGGCACAUUUGCAGACCAGGUGGAUGAGAUUGCUAGGAUAGGGAAAUCCACUAUCCUAGAGUGCUUAGUUAAAUUCUGUGAUACAAUCGAAACUCUGUACAUGAGGGACUAUCUCUGCAAGCCUACGCCUAGGGACUUCCAAAGACUUAUGCAAAAAGCCAAGGUUUGA